AUGGCCACGUUAGCAAUUGCUGUGCUCACUUUCACUCUCACUCUCACUCGUUCUUCUUCUUCAUCAUCAUCACCUUAUUCCAAAUUCUUCUUCAACCAUCUCAGCAAAAAGCUUGUCUCUUUCAAAACCUUUCAUCAACCACGUUCCUUCUUCUGUUGCAACUGCAAAAGGGGCAUGGCAUCUUCAGCAGCAACCUCUCACUCUGAUAGAAUCACUGCACCCUACGGUUCAUGGAAGUCCCCUAUCACCGCCGACGUUGUCUCCGGCGCCGUCAAGAGGCUCGGCGGGACCUCCGUUGAUGGCCGUGGCCGCCUUAUUUGGCUGGAAUCACGUCCAACAGAAUCUGGACGGGGGGUUCUUGUUGUUGAAGCAGAAAACGCGGGUGGUGAACCUGUGGAUGUUACUCCUAAGGAGUUUGGAGUGAGAACAUUGGCUCAGGAAUAUGGAGGUGGUGCUUUCACUGUUUCAGGGGAUGUUGUCUUCUUUUCUAAUUAUAAGGAUCAGAGAUUGUACAAGCAAUGCAUCACUUCUCUAGAUGUGCCUCCUAUACCUCUCACUCCAGAUUAUGGUGGACCAGUAGUCAGCUAUGCUGAUGGAACAUUGGAUGCAUGCUUUAACCGUUUUGUUUGUGUAAGGGAAGAUCGUCGAGAGAACAGUCAAAAUCCACCUACAACAAUUGUAUCUAUAACACUUGGCAGCAAGAAUGUUCAGGAACCAGAAGUACUAGUUGGAGGAAGUGACUUCUAUGCUUUCCCACGUCUGGAUCCCAAAAGUGAAAGAAUAGCAUGGAUUCAGUGGAGUCAUCCCAACAUGCCAUGGGAUAGAUCAGAACUUUGGGUUGGCUAUAUUUCUGAAAAUGGAGAGAUCUACAAGCGCAUCUGUCUUGCUGGAAAUGAUCCUUCACUUGUUGAGUCUCCAACUGAGCCUAAGUGGUCCCCCAAUGGGGAGCUGUUUUUCAUCACAGAUAGGGGAAAUGGUUUUUGGAAUCUCCAUAAAUGGAUUGAAUCUGAGAACAAGGUCUUGCCUGUUUGUUCUCUGGAUGCUGAGUUUGCAAGGCCGCUGUGGAUUUUUGGUAUGAAUUCUUAUGAAUUUAUUCAAAGUCAUAAACAGAGCAAAUUAAUUGCUUGCAGUUACAGGCAGCAAGGGAAGUCAUAUCUUGGAGUUAUUGAUGAUGUGCAAGGCUCAAAACUAACUGUGCUGGACAUUCCUUUCACAGAUAUAGACAACAUUGCAUCUGGUAAUGAUUGCCUUUAUGUGGAGGGAGCAUCUGCUGUUCAUCCAUCAUCGGUGGCCAAGGUGACUUUAGAUGAUGAUAAAUCAAAAGCAGUUGACUUCAACAUUAUUUGGUCCUCCUCACCUGAUAGUUUGAAGUAUAGUUCUUACUUCAGUAAACCUGAGUUGAUUGAAUUCCCAACUGAAGUUCCUGGUCAGAAUGCUUAUGCAUACUUUUAUCCACCAUCUAAUCCUAUUUAUCAAGCCAGUCAGGGAGAAAAGCCUCCACUAUUAUUGAAGAGUCAUGGUGGACCAACUGCUGAAACACGUGGAAUUUUAAACUUGAGCAUUCAAUACUGGACUAGUCGGGGUUGGGCAUUCGUUGAUGUGAAUUAUGGUGGAAGCACUGGUUAUGGCAGGGAGUACCGAGAUCGGCUUCUGGGACGUUGGGGAAUAGUAGAUGUCAACGACUGUUGUAGUUGUGCUACAUAUUUGGUGAACAGUGGAAAGGUGGAUGGGCAGCGGCUUUGUAUUACUGGGGGCUCUGCCGGUGGGUACACUACCUUAGCUGCUCUUGCUUUUAAAGAAACUUUCAAGGCUGGGGCUUCUUUGUAUGGUGUAGCUGACUUGAACAUGUUGAGAGCAGAGACUCUUAAAUUCGAAUCCCAUUACAUUGAUAAACUAGGUGGUGGUGAGAAGGGGUGCUUUGAAAGAUCACCAAUUCACCAUGUUGACAAAUUUUCUUGUCCCAUCAUUUUAUUUCAAGGCUUGGAGGACAAGAUUGUGCCACCAGAACAGGCCCGGAAAAUUUACCAGGCUCUGAAGGAAAAAGGUGUGCCAGUUGCUCUUGUUGAGUAUGAAGGAGAACAACACGGUUUUCGAAAGGCUGAGAACAUUAAGUUUACACUUGAGCAACAAAUGGUCUUCUUUGCAAGAUUGGUUGGGAAUUUCAAUGUUGCUGAUGAUAUCACUCCCAUCAAAAUUGACAACUUUGAUUGAGAAUGGCUUUUUCAGAGUUCAAUGUUGGCUGUUUGUAUCUAUGUUAAAGCAAGUUUUAAGCUAUCUUUGUUCUCAAAUCUUGAUAGUGCUUUGCUGAAAUUCAGAAGUGUGCUGGAAUUUAUUGCACUCAUGAGCUUAUUCUGCACACUACCAACUACCCUAUAACCUUAGUGGCAUUCCCUUGAAGGUCUCUAUAAUCUAUAUUAAUCCUCAUUGCCAAGAGUCUGCAGAGUUUCUACUACAUUUUCUCAAAUCUUGAUUGUUCAAUUUAGUCUUGAACCUUACUUUAUAAUUAUGAAUUUAUAUUUUGAAUCUGUACUGGAGAUACAACCUAUAUUUUGUCUUAUAGGAUUGUCCUACAUAGAUAAAAUGAAUGAGUAAUGAUAGAUUAAGCUGGAGUAUACUCUUUCUGAUCCUAUUUAUAAGGCAGAUUCUAAU